AUGCAGACGGCACGAGGCAAGGCCGACCUGCUGGGUCGCAAGGCCAAGCUAGCCAAUUCCUACCAAGAGCUUCUCGAUGAAUUCGCGAACAAAGACCUAAAGUCCGUUGGCAACUACACCCUGGGCCGCCUCAUCGGCAAGGGCUCCUUCGGCAAGGUCUACCUUGCCAGCCACAAGCUUAUCAACAACUCCAAGGUUGUCCUCAAGUCUGCCAACAAAACUGAUUCCAACCUGGCCCGCGAGAUUCACCAUCACCGGCGGAAAAGUAUGCCGGCGAAAAGGUCGGAGGUCGGGAGUCUGGGCGUCAUUCUGUACGCCCUAUUGUGCGGUGAACUGCCGUUCGACGACGACGACGACGCUGUUACUCGAAACAAGAUUCUCACUGAAGACCCCAAGUUCCCGGAACACCUACCUGCCGACGCGGUCUCUCUGAUGAAGUCGCUCCUUUCGAAGCGGACGCUGUUACGACCCUCAUUGCCAGAUAUCCUGGCGCAUCCAUUCUUGUCCGAAUAUGCAGCCUCCCAGCAAGCCAUUCUGCAGAGCCAGGCCCCACCCACGUUCUCGACUCACUUGGAGAAGGAGACGCUUCACCGCAUGAAGGGCGCUGGCGUGAACAUUGAUGCCGUCAUCGAGAGCGUCGUGGCCCAGCGUUGCGAUGCGCUGGCUGGCUGGUGGUCCCUGCUCAUCGAGAAGGAGGAGAAGAAGCUGAGGAGGAAGGAACAGAAGCGACGGGAGAGAGACGUCGAGAGCAGGAGUCUGCGUCGUCUUUCCGCCGCCUCCAGCAGGCUCGAACGCAUGGCGCCAGUAUUGCCCGAGGUUGACGAAGACGGGGGCUUCACAAGCGGGAUGAUGAGGCUGGGGGAGCAGCCGCUGCCUAGAACGCGCGGUAGGACCGAACGUCGCAGCGCGCAUUAUACCGACUUUGAACUGCCUGGGCUGCCCGAACAUGGAAAGGAAAGCGGCGGGUCCAGCCCGGAUGUGCCACCGCGCCCUGUCGACAAAGACUCUAUCCGAUCCGCCAGCACGCACAGGCAUGCAAACAAGAGAGGAAGCCAUUCGACGCCGAAUCUUGUCGACAAAAAUGGCAGCGUGAACGGGAGCAAGCACUCCAAAGAGCCCAGCCCACGUCCGCAAACGAGCAAAUACCCUACCAUUGAUUCGGGUAUUCCGAGGGCUAAAGCCUCGCUGCCCAAAGGCGUUGUGGCUAAUGGCCACAUUACCAAGACGAUGCCGCCGGCUACGAUGGGAGGUAGCCUUCAUAGCCCUACGCGGGCACCGGCCUCAAUGUCGGGGCCGCAUGGCCCGCCGAGGAUUACGACCAGUAACUCCUACAAGCGUCAGUCGCUGUCGCCAUCGCCGAUGACGCCCCGGUCCACCAUGCGCCGAUCCUCCGCGGGACUGCGUGGGCGCAAGUCAACCUCUUCUUCUGUGUCCUCCAUACGUUCCAUGCACCACCACCAUCACACACACUCCAAAGCGUCAUCUACGAGCUCAAACGGCUCGAUGUCUGGCGUGAAAACCCCCCUUCAACGGGGUCACUCGCCCCACCACUCGGUCAAGGUCCUGCCUGCGACGCCAACCACCUCGUCUUUCCCAUCGAGCCUCCGCCUCGUCAGGGGCUCUGGACCGCCCGCCCCGAUUUCUGUUUUCAACGAGGGCAUGCCGUCAUCCUCCGCGGACCACCAAGCACCAGGCUCGCCGAAUCCCUUUGGCGCUGGCGGUGUCCUUUUCGCCAAGCGCAAGCGCAGCCCUCUUCAAAGGACCCAUGUUAUCUCUUAA